AUGUAUGUCGGCAAGGCGACCAAGAUCUUCAUCUUCAUCGUGGUCGCCGUCGCCGUCACCGGAAUCGUCCUGGGGCUCGGCUUGCUCCGGAGACGCGGGGCUCAUGACGAGUCGCACAAAUGCUCUCCCGAUUCAUGCCCGCAGCCCGUGAUUCUCCCCACUCCGGCGAACCCUAAUCCGUCCUCCAGUUUCACGCCCAAUCCGUCCGUGGCUCCGCCGCCGCCGCCGCCUCCUCCGCCGCUGAGCGAUAAUCCAGGCACGGGCCUCCCCGAUUCGCCGCCGCCGCCUCCGAGCAGCGAUAAUCCGGGCUCGAAUGUUCCGAAUCCCGCUCCGCCUCCGGCGACAUUGUCCUCUCCACCGCCUCCAGUGCCGGAUUAUUCUCCCCCGCCGCCUGUGGUGGUGUCGGUGUCGCCGCCGCCGGCGCUCAGUCCGCCGAACCCGGUUCCGGCGUCGCCCGGACCAGGAACUAAUUCUUAA